AUGGGUCUUACAGCCACUCAGAUGAGCCUAUGUUUCCAGUCCUAUUGGUAUAUGUGGUUAACCAAUGGACUUGCCGGAUUAAUUUUCAUCGGUAUUAAUAUCGGUGUUGCUGCAUUCUUUCUAAGAAAAUUUCAAUUGAAGAAACAAGCCAGUGCUUAUGAACGAACACCACAAGUAGCAGAUAGUUCGAAACGACCAUUCUCAGCAAGUGAAAUUCAAACGUACGAAGAUCCAUACGCCGAUCCAUAUGCUGGAAAUAUCUCACGUGCUUCGUCACGUAAAUCACCAAUGUAUCCAGGUGCAUCAGAAGACAAUGAAGAAUUUACUGAAUCGACUCUUAAGCUCUUAAAUGGAUACCGUGCACGUCAUAGCGCUGAACCGUUAACUGUCAAUGAACAGUUAUGUGAAAUUGCGCAACGUUGGGCAGAACAAAUGGCUCGUACUGGUAAAUUAGAACAUAGUCCAGCGGAAAUGCGUAACUUCGGUCGACAAACGUUGGGUGAAAACUUCGGUGCAUCAUUCCAAGCUGAAUUAACAGGCGACAAAAUGGUUCGUAAAUGGAUGAAAGAAAGUAAACGAUACAUGUACGGUUUCGACGGUCGUAAAGAUACAGAAAACUUCACUCAAUCUGUUUGGCAAGGAUCACGUGAAAUCGGUGUUGGUCGCGCUCGAUCAGAAGAUGGAAACUGGUGGUAUGGUGUUGUUGUAUUCGACCCACCAGGUAACAUUCCUAACCAAUAUUCCAACAAUGUUCUCUUACCAAAAGAAUAA